AAUCUUAGCGGAAAAAUCUGUGGUAUUUUCACGAGAAUCGCAAUAGAAAAUUGCUUUCUUGUCGUCUAUAUAACUAUGAAAUAGAUAAUAAAAACAAUUUACUGAAUUCUUUACUUCAUUAAAAUUUGGGCAGUCUCUAAUACUCUAUUAUAAAAUUUGGCUAAAAUUCGUGAAAAAGUACCACAAGACAAGUCCAUGUAAUUUCUUUAGACAUUCUACACAAGAAAUAUAACCCCAGAAUCCGCGGAAGUGUUUUGAUAAUUUUUCACACCACCACAGGGAUGGCAAGCAGAUCUCUGAUCCUUCUGGGCCAGGUGGUUCCAAAUAUAAAGCGAAAUGCGUGCAAAGUAAGAAUUCGGCGGCUGGAACUGGAUCAGAAUCUCUUAAUGUACUUCAAGAAGGAAAACUUCCUGUUCGCCCACGAUCCGGAAAAGAAGUGCAAAGUGGGGGACAUUGUUCUGGUAAAGGAGUUGCCACAGAAGCUGACCACCCUAAUCACACACUCCGUGGAGGUCGUCUAUCCGUACGGCGACGUCACGUGUCCAGUCACCGGCCGGAAGGUGGUCGUGAGCCAAUACAGAGAUGAAGUUGAGAAGACCACUCAGCUGUACGGUAAGUCCAGCAAGGCAUUCGACUACGAGAAAGCACCCCCGCGCGGCUACCAGGAGGGCAAGCGGGACUUUAGUCACCAAGAGACGUACCAGAAGUACCACGAAGAUGGAACAGAUCAGCCUUUUGCAGUUUAGCAAUCUUGUAAUGUCUCUUAAUGUCGCAG